AUGGCUUCUGCCUACACAUCUCUGCCUGCUGAGGCACCCAUAAAAAUCCAGCAAUCGGCAAAUGCAGCGCCAUCUGUUUCUUUCACGCCGACAGAAACCACGAUUCCUCACCGUCUCUAUGACAAAGUGCCCAACUUGGAUCUUUACAAAAAACUCCACGACGCGGAGCAGCAGUUGGAUUUAUUCAUUGCCCAAAAAGGCUUGGACUUCCAGUCUGUGCAAGCACUGUCGAUGCAGCCGGCCAACAACAAGCGCCAACAGGGUGUUUUGCGAGUUUUCAUCUACAACACAUGCGAAAACAUGCCGUGGCAGAAACUGGAUUCGAGUGAUUCUGCCGAGGCCAAAUGGACUUUGCGUAUAGAAGGCGUUUUCUCUGGAGAGGGGGAGGCGCUUAAGUUCUCGUCGUUCCUUUCAGGUGCGUCGAUCGAGCUUAUUCCAAAUUCGGAUUAUCCCGCUUUACAGAACAGCCAGUCGAACAUUAUCGAGUGGAAAGAACAAGCCGAUGGCGCCGUUCCAGGAAGCUCCACACAGUGGCAGUUUGAUGGAAUUGAUGUCAAAAGGGCCGGAGUGUUUCCAAUCAAGGCUAAGAUUGCUCUCAUGAUCAAAGACCACUCGUCUAGACUUGUGUUGUCACCACAAAUGGCCCAAUUCACUGGGCGGCGCGAAGCGUCGCAGCAAGAAUUGGUCUUUCUGAUUUGGCAGUAUGUGUUGUAUAAGAACCUCUUCAAGAAGGCCGAUUCAAUGUCACAGGUUUCUGCUGUUGCUUCUGCGGGCAUAGCGAGCCAGACAAUGGGCAAAGAUGACGAAAAUGACCUUGCUUUGGUUCAAUGUGACGCGGUCUUGAAGCCUUUGUUGCUUGUGGAUAGCUUCAAGUUCAAAGACUUGUACAAGUUGAUCCAGCCACAUUUGCGCCCACGACAACCCAUUGUGAUUGAUUACGAGGUCGACACAACGCGGUCAACCACUUUGGGAGAUGUCGUUCUUGACAUCCCUGUCGAGUUGCCAUUGUCUUUUUCAAAGGUGCAACGCGAGAUCAUCGAAGGAAACAAAAGCACAUUUGAAAACAUGGCGAAGUCAGACGCGCAUAUCCAACAUUUAAAUCAGAAGAUCUCCCUUGGAAUAGCAUCGUUGCACAAAGCCAAUGCACGGGAAAUGUUUUAUCGUGAGCUUAGUGAGGAUCCCGUGGAAUUUUUGCAAAAGUGGUUAGAGAGCCAGGCAGAAACGCUAAAGGCUCUCAAGAGCGAGGAGGGCUACAAUGAGGAGAAUGUUCGGAAAGCACAAUAUUUCAAGGAAAACGAAGAGUUGUUGAGACAAAAAAUUGAUCUCAUGUUGGGUGCUCAAAAGAUGUAA